AUGCAAGAGGAUAUUUUUGUUCCUAAUGGCGAAGACACAUGUGUAAGACUGACACUUGUGAGUACGUUUCAGGAAAUAUCUCAAGUUUGCAAAUAUGUCAGCUCGAUCCAGGAUACAUUUUCUGUGGAGCUAGAAAGCUGUGAAACUAUUACGCAGAAUCUGAAGAUGAGCUGUGUGUCGCAUGGAGCAAACUGCAAAAAUUGUCCAUUGUUAAUCCUGGAAUAUGACCAAAACUCCCGAAAUUAUGCUUUGUGGAAAUCCUCGGGCGGUGAAUGGGCGCUUGGGACUACGCUGGCUCGUUUUCUGGCUCCGCACUCCACAUGUAGGUCAAAAAUGAAGCUAAACUUGGCAAAAUUGGAAUCGUAUUUCGAAACUUGUCAAAUUUCCGCCAAGCACGACCGAAAGUUUUUGAUCGAAACAUUACAGAAGCUGAACAUUGAUUGGCAAGAGGUCCCGUUUGAUUUCCAAGUUUUCCAAGAAGAAUUGACCCAAUCGAUCGAGUCCCAAAUUCAUGAAAAAUCGCCACAAUCCCAAGAAUCCCAAGAACCCCAAGAAUCCCAAAAAUGUCAAAAAUCCAAAGAAUCUCAAAAACCGCAAAACUAUAUCGAGCUGGUCUCUCCCUUACAAUACAAAAGUCUUAUCACUAUGGCAGUGCUCAAAACCCAAGUCCGGACCAGCCAAAGAAGACUCGAGACAGAUCUGCAUGCAUACGAUAAGCGCAUGCGAGCUCUUGAAGGCGAAGAAAUUGAUUUUAAAUCGACGAAGGAACCGCAGGCCCGUGACAGUCGAGAAGCAUCGAUUUUUUCUGAUACUACCCUCAACUCUGGCUCGCCUAUUGACGACGAAUAUGCCAUAUCUUCACGGCAGCUCAUGACUAAUUUCAAUGAGCACUUUAAAGGCAUAGCAGAAAGCUUUGAAACGUUUGACGUGCAGAAAAGCGCUCCGCGUACUGUCCGUAAGUGGAAAGUCGGCAAACCUGUCAAGAACAGCAAGUCCGAUUCCAAAGGGCUGAGAGCAUGA